CCUUACACGCAAGUAAAACUAAAUCAGACUUAUCUGUUCGAAACCUUUUUCCCCUCCAAUUUGAACUUACUCUGCAACUCUCCCCUACUGUAACCCAUCCAUGCAAUCCUCUCUAGAUCUUCCUUCCUCCAGUAUUCGUCUGCUUUAUCUAUCUCUUCCUCUUUCUCUUUCACAUACCUUUAGACACACCUUUUCGCUCUCCCUCCAACCUCUCCAAGCUGUUGAGUUCUCAUUUUCUGGCAAACAUAUCCUACUAAUUUACUCCCAAUAAUUCAAAUGGAGCCUUAGCUUGCCAACUGACUUCGGUCUGCAAAGAGGACACUGCACUUGUUUGAGGUAUGUGAAAUUGAAUUCCUGGAAAUGGGUCGAGAUGGAACUUUGGUUCCGGUGGAGUCCCUGAAGAAGAAGACUGCGGUUUCCAGGAGCUGGAUUUUGCUGGAUCACAACGGGCAGAGUACCAUUCUUGAUGUGGACAAGUACGCUAUCAUGCGUAGAGUCCAGAUUCACGCCAGAGAUCUUCGAAUCCUUGAUCCUCUUUUAUCAUAUCCUUCAGCGAUCUUGGGCAGAGAAGGAGUUAUUGUUCUCAAUUUGGAGCAUAUCAAAGCAAUAAUCACAGCAGAGGAGGUAUUGCUUAGAGACCCAUUGGACGAUAAUGUAAUCCCCAUUGUUGAGGAACUUCAAAGACGAUUACCUCUUGUAAAUGUUACGAGCGAAAUUCAAGGCGAAGAGGAAGAGCAUCCUGGGGUGCCAAAAGAUUUUGAUACAGGCGAAGAAAAUGAAUUUCCAUUUGAAUUCCGAGCAUUAGAAGUUGCAUUAGAAGCCAUUUGUAGUUUUCUAGAUGCGCGUACUCGAGAACUGGAGACCGAUGCUUAUCCUGCUUUAGAUGAGCUAACCUCCAAGAUUAGCAGUCGUAAUCUCGAUCGGGUGCGUAAACUGAAGAGUUCCAUGACAAGGUUGACAAAUCGUGUUCAAAAGGUAAGGGAUGAACUUGAGCAACUUCUGGAUGAUGAUGAUGAUAUGGCAGACCUUUACUUAUCAAGAAAAUUAGUUGGCUUAUCUUCACCUGUCAGUGGCUCUGGUGCCCCCAAUUGGUUUCUUAACUCUCCUACCAUAGGUUCAAAGAUAUCCAGAACAAGUAGGGCCAGUGCAACAACAAUGCAAGGGGAGAACGAUGUUGAAGACCUUGAAAUGUUGCUUGAGGCUUACUUCAUGCAGAUAGAUGGCACAUUGAACAAAUUGACUACGUUGCGUGAAUACAUUGACGACACAGAGGACUACAUCAAUAUCCAGCUUGAUAAUCAUAGGAAUCAACUAAUUCAGCUAGAGCUCUUACUAUGUUCAGGGACUGUGUGUUUGUCUGUGUAUUCCCUAGUGGCAGCAAUUUUUGGCAUGAAUUUACAAUACACAUGGAGGGAGGGCCAUAGUUACGUAUUUAAAUGGGUGGUCAUCCUCACAGCCAUAAUUUGUGCAAGUAUUUUCACAUCAAUAAUUUCAUAUGCUCGGCACAAAGGUCUUGUUGGGUCUUGAUUCCUGAAUGAAUACAUUACAUGUACAAAAAACCAGCUAGAAGGAGAUGCAGAAUAAAGCUUGAAAUAGUACUUCCAAGUCCUUUACUUUUGGUGGCUUUAGGAACAUGUUCAACGACUCGAUCAUCAAUUCCGGUGCGAAACCCAAAUAAGUAAAAUGCUAUGUCUAUCAUUGGUAUGUAGAAAAUAUUGGAUCGAUCAUGGGUUAGGUGGUCAUGUCGUUAGUCAUUGAAUUUAGCUAGAAAGUGGGUGCCAUAGAGGCAUUAAUUUGUUAGCUAGUACUGUGUUAAUAAAAACAUGUAUAGUGAGAUUGGCCUUUAGUUGUAACUAAAAUCCAGGACCAGGAGAGAUAUUAUUGUUGUGUGAAGAACAGGUGAGAUCGAAUUCA